AUUUAAUAUCUUCCUUAUACCACACUACUUACUAUAUUAUAUGUUCAAUUACAGUGGAUAAUAUUUACACUGGGAUAACGUUUUCCCAUUGGAUAGGAUAAUACCAAUACGUAUAUUCAGCUCCUAAAGUGGCGUAUAAACGAUUAAACUUAGGAAUCUGUUUAACCAUUUAGAUAUUUGAGUGGUUAUAGGCUGCAUCAAUACGGGCUGUAAUUGUGUUGACAUUUUUUACCAGAUAGGUAACGCGUGGAUUUUAGUAUAGGUUUUCUGUAGUUCGUAUGUAGAGAGUUGCAAGGCUGCUUGGCUAUUCAAUAUGGAGUGGAGCAGUCGUCAGUUGCGGCCGUCGAUUGACAUCGUGAGCCUGACCAGCACUAAAAUGAUAUUUAUCCUUCUGAAUGCUGAUGUGGCUACUGCUAAUUCUUUACGUCGUAUUAUGUUAAGUGAGAUUCCUUCGCUUGCUAUUGAGGUGGUGACUGUACUGGAGAACACAUCCGUUCUCCAUGAUGAAUACAUUGCUCACCGGUUGGGUUUGUUACCCAUUGAGUCGAGUAGCGCUCGUAACUUCGAGUACCGUGACAAGUGCACUUGCAGUGACAAGUGUUCUCGCUGUACUGUUGAGUACUCCCUGGACGUCAAGUGUAUGGAUGACACUCGGGUAGUUACUCACUACGACAUAAAUCUGGACAGCUGGGAGAAUUCUCGUGGUAAUGUGAAUGCGCCUAUGCCUGUACCACGUCCUUCAGCUGAUGCUCUGGGUAAUGCUCCUGGCGAUCAGGGCAGCGACCCUCAGCGGGUGAACAGUUCAGGCAAUGCCACUGCAAGGAACGUGCAAAAUCCCGAUGGUCCUCACACGGGUGCUGUUGACCGUAAAUCCGGCAGUGUACCUACUGGUGGUAUCCCUAUAGUCAAGUUAAAGCGUGGCCAGUGCCUCAGCUUGAAGAUGACUGCUACUAAGGGUUUGGGUAAAUUCCAUGCCAAGUGGAUGGUUGCCAAUGUGGCGUACAAGAUGGAGCCUGUGAUUACCAUUAACCGCCAGGUGGCUGAGAAGAUGAAUUUGAAUGAGAAGACGCAGAUAGUGCAAAGCUGCCCUCGUAAGGUAUUCAAGCUAUCAAAUCCUCACGGCGCGUACUCCACUGCUACCAAGGCUGAAAUAGUUAUCGACAACAAUUUGAACUGUAUCUAUUGCGACGAGUGUUUGAACCAAGCCCGUGAGAUGGGUUAUCGUGAUUUAAUUCGUGUUCAACCUGACGAGACCAAGUUCCACUUUACCAUUGAGUCGAAUGGUGCCAUAUCACCUGAAAAGAUACUUGAGAUUUGCCUUGACACUUUGGAGGAAAAGCUAGGAUCGUUGCAUCAGCACUUUUUGGAGGCUCAGGCUAGGAGCAUCGGUGCUAAGGUCCAUACAACUUCUAAAUCUGGUGUAACUACUAUGGGUGGCAGCUCAGGAAUCGAUCUUGAUUAGUUGCUUACUGCACUAGAUCGCUAGGUAAUACGCCUUUUGCAUACACCAGCGUUAUGUUA